AGCUCCCGUUCUGUCACAGUGAGGAUUCCGAGAUUCCACACGUUUUUCAGGGUUUCGCGCACGGGGCCAUGCAUACUGAACGACGAUGGAAUGAAAUGCACGAAAAAAGGAUACUACGAGACUGUGCAAUGCGAUGCACGUGGCUGCGUCUGUGUGGCUGCUAACAAUGGCCUCGUUGCUUUCGAUACGCGGACAUCGAAUAACAUGACACAACCGAAGUGUUCUAGUAGGUUUACGAGCUGUAAAAAACCUUCAAAAUUGGACCUUAAUCGCCUUUUAUUCGAUCCUGUCCAGCAGGAGUAUUGUUACUGCGUAGAUACGAAAACCGGCAAAGAAGUCCCGAAUACUCGCAAAAGAAAGGAAGGAAACAAUAAGCAGAAUUGCCACAAUGUAUUUGCUUCUGACUUUCCCACCACUGAAGGAUCACCGUUCGUUCAAGAACGCUACCCUGUCUCAAGAGAAUCGUGCAAAUUGGACAGGAACAAGGGAAGAGCUUGUAAAGAAGGAAAGCCCUCAGUCAGGUAUUACUUCGACUACCACACCUUCGAAUGCUUAGCAUUUGAAUAUCUUGGCUGCGAUGGAAAUGAAAACAACUACCCGACAUCCUCGGCUUGCAAUUCGGAUUGUAAACUCGGUACGAUUCUUCCCCAAAACGAUUUAUUUUUAUUUUUUAGUUUUUUUUUAGUUUUCAAUCCGCCCUGCAUUACUACUCCCGCCCCGCGAAAUACCCCGAAACUCAAUGAAGAUGGCUGUCCUCUAGACCACAAAUGCGUCAUGGGAGCGUUCUUCGGUUUCUGUUGCAAUCGAGCAAACGAAGAUCGGUUCCAUGCCGCCUACCAUCCUAAGUGCAGCAAUGGGAAACAACCAUACUCGGAAAUGAUUGAUUCUUGGCGAGAAAUCCGAUUUGGGAAAUCAUGUAAAGAUAACUUUUGCCCUUCAGGAUAUAAGUGCCACGAUGGCGACAUCUUCGCAUAUUGUUGUUGA